AUGCGUCAGCGCCGCUGCUCCUACCCCACCCGCCUGCCCUGUCGGCGCAAGGACGGCCCGCGGCCAUCCAUACGCGUCAGCCGGCGGAUUGCAGCCGCCGGGCACGUUGGCCGCUCGCGCUUCCGGCUGCCACGUCGCCGCCAGCCAGCCUCGUCAGCCUAUUGGCAGUCGCUGACAGACACCUGGGCAGCGGGAGUUCCGGAGGCGCGCGGACGAACGUGCGCCGGAGAGCGUCUGAGCAGAGGUAAACAUAGCGUGCUACUGACCUGCGAGGUGGAGCGAAGUCGGCUGUGGUCGCGUCGGCCGGAGGCGGCGUCCCACUGGCACUCGGGCGGACACUGGCUCGCACACUCGCGCUACGCGACACGACGCUCCGCGCACUCGCUCGCACAGACGGACGGAGAGACGCGUGUUGCCGGGCCGGCGUCGGCGCCGCGAUUGAGUUGUGCUGCGGGCGUGACAGCGCGCUCCGCCUCCCGCGGCCGGCCGCCCGGCGCGCCGUUGCCACGUCUCGGGGGCAGCGCGGGGCUCCGCCGCAGCCUCCCGCACCGCAAUUAUGUAACGCCGCCGCCGCCGCCGCCGCAGCAGCAGCCCCUCGGCGCAGCGCAACACCUGCCCAGCGCUCACCCCCCACCACCACCACCGCCCCCACCCCCUCAUCCAGCGGCUACUGCCGCGCGCGCCGGAACACCCCGUCCGUCCUCCCGGUGCACUGCCGGACCACAAGCUUAA